AGGUGGACUCCAAGGCGCCCACGGAUUUCGUCGAGUUGCCUACUCGCCGCCGCGUGGCCCGCCUGCCUCCCCACCUCGCCGCCGGCGACGGCGAGCGGCCGCGCGAACCCUCGCCUCGCCUCGCCUCCGGUCCGUCCCCGUCGCCGAUGCCGCCGCCGCCGCCGCGCGCGCUGCCGCUGCCGCACUUCACCCUCCCGCCGCUCGCCGGCGAGGACCUCCUCUUCGUGACCGCCCUCCGCGCCCACCUCUCCACCGCGCCGCCGCCGCCGACGACGACCGCCGCCUCCCUCUCCCGCUUCCUCCCCCACCUCACCCCGCUCCGCCUCUCCCACCUCAUCCUCGCGCCCCCGCCCCCGCCCCGCCACGACGACAGCGGCCACCUCCUCCUCGCCUCCCUCCUCCCGUCGCCGCCGCCGCCGCUCCCCUUCGCGCUCCUCCUCCACUCCCUCCGCCCGCGCCGCUCCUCCGCCCUCCUCGCCUCCCUGCUCCCUUCCAUCCCGCACCACGCCUUCCCGGACCUCCUCCACCACGUCCUCCUCACCGCCCGCCUCACCGCCGCCCGCCCCGAUGGCGGCGCCGUCCCGGCUCUCGACGUGCUCUUCUCCGUCUGCGCGCGGGGGAAGAAGCUCUCCCUGGCCACGCUCGCGUUCCGCGCCAUGCGCGCCCACGGCCUGCUCCCCCGCGUCGUGUCCUGCAACGUCUUCAUCUCCGCCGCGCUCGGCCUCAGGCGCCCCGAGAUCGCCCUGUCAUUCUUCCGGGAGAUGCGGCGGUGUAGGAUCUCGCCGAACAUCUACACGGCGAACAUGGUGCUGCGGGCGUUCUGCGAUCUUGGGCGGACCGCGGAUGCGGCCGAGGUGCUCGACAAAAUGCCGGAGUGGGGCGUUGGAAGGACAACGGUCAGUUUCAACACGCUGAUCGCGGCUUACUGCAGGGAUGGUGUUGACGCAGGGCCUGCGCUGCAGCUGAAGAUGAAGAUGGAGCAGGAGGGGUUGGUGCCUGACGUGGUGACGUACGACACGAUCAUCCAUGGGCUGUGCAAGGAGGGGAGGAUGGGAAAGGCGAACCAGGUGCUGAGCGAGAUGAGGGUGAAGGGGGUUAUGCCCAACACGGUCACGUAUAACACGCUGAUUCAUGGGUACGUGGCGCUUGGUGAUAAUGCCAUGGCGGGUAGGGUUCAUGAGGAGAUGGUGAAGAACCGAGUGGAGCUUGAUAUCGUGACAUACAAUGCGCUCAUUCUUGGGCUUUGCAAUGAAGGGAAGAUGAAGAAGGUAGAGCACUUGCUUCGGGAGCUUGACAGGGCUAAGCUUGAACCGAAUGCAUCAACCUUUUCAGCGCUGAUUGUUGGGUGGUGCAAGAUGCAGAACUCAGAGAGAGCACUACAGCUGUUGAAUGUGAUGAAGAAAAGUGGCUUCCAUCCAAAUUACACCACUUAUAAGAUGGUUAUAUCUUCUUUCUGCAAGAACAAGGAUUUAGAAGGAGCAGUUGAUGUGAUGGGGGAUAUGUUGGGGAGGUGCAUUGCUCCUGACAAGGCCUUGUUGAAUGAAUUUUUUGAUGGUCUCUGGAAGGCUAAAAAAUUACAUCUGGCAGAGAACCUCCGAUCACUGAAUAAUGGUUUGAAGUUCAUUCCUGAUGUCUACUAUACUGGUGAUUACAGGAAUAAGGAUGAAGUGAUAAACAGAUGCUAACACACAAAGACAACAAUCAAGUCUUAUGAGAAUGUACAGUUAGUCAAUUCUUUCUAUAUGUAGUCUAUGCCAAAUUUUUCUAUGAGGUUUGAUGGAAAUGAAAGUUCGGCUCAAAUUGGCAUACUAGCUACUGCGCAGACGAGAGGUGUUCAAGAAAUUAUUCCAUAAUCUAAGCUGGAGAUGCUGUGGGCUGUGGCUAACUAACUAACAUCAGAGUUUUAUAACAUCAGUCAUCUUGGUGGAGAAAGAUGUCAUCAUAAUAAUUUGGCAGUUACCAGCAGUUGUGCACUUGAUGUACCAGGAUUUCCAAACGUCAGUGGAGAACACUAUAUUCUACUCACCGUCCUGAAGCAGUGCCAGUGGAAGUGAACUGGGUUUUGCUGACAAACCAUAGCUACCAAACCAAGCUGAUUUCAGAGGCUCACAACAUGUCAAAUGCUCUCUUUUUCAAAAUAAAGAAAAAAAAUAUGCUUAUCCUUGAACACUCGAGUCCGAUCUUGAGUAGGCGCCUAGAGCAAGUUCUCUUCCCUGAACCGGAUCUUCAUGUUACCAAUUAGAGUUUUAGUAGGAAUACAUGAUAUUGUACUCUACAUUUUUGGAAAUUUUCACAACUCUCUGUACACCCAUACAGGAGCUUGGAGCACUGUUUUCGGGGAAAAAAACGCAGAGCUAUCUCCCCAACAGACAUUGUGCAGUUUUAAUCUUAUUACGUGGGAGAUAAAGUUUUGACAGAGUCCAUACGACACCUUGAAUUUGUAAACCACACUUUCAGUUAGUUUUGCAGAAGGACAAAUAAAUCUGGCGUCAGAGAAUGUUUCCAGUUC